CAUUGAUUAAAAUUCAGUCCGUUGGGUGCUUUGCAGCAGAAAAGUCAAUUUUUGGAAAUUCUUCUACAAUUCUUCCGACAAGUGUGAAUUAAUUUAAAUUUAUCGUGUUUUUUAUCAACUAAGUAAAAGUAAGAAUGGCAAACGAUAACUUAACAGCGGUUUUGUACGGCAUCGAGGAUUUACGUUUGGAACAACGUCCCGUUCCCGAAAUUGCAGAUGAUGAGGUGCUCUUGCGAAUGGACUCCGUUGGCAUCUGUGGUUCCGAUGUGCAUUAUUUAGUUCAUGGACGCAUUGGCGAUUUUGUGCUCACCAAACCAAUGGUAAUCGGACAUGAAGCUUCUGGCGUCGUAGCUAAAGUAGGCAAGAAAGUAAAACAUCUGGUUGUGGGCGAUCGUGUAGCUUGUGAGCCGGGUGUACCCUGUCGUUACUGUGAUCAUUGCAAAGCUGGUCAAUAUAAUCUAUGUCCCGAUAUGGUAUUCUGUGCUACACCACCUUAUGAUGGUAACCUCACACGCUACUAUAAACAUGCUGCUGAUUUCUGUUACAAACUGCCCGACCAUGUAACCAUGGAGGAAGGUGCACUGUUGGAACCACUUUCGGUUGGUGUACAUGCUUGUCGUCGUGCUGGUGUGGGACUUGGCUCGAAGGUGCUCGUAUUGGGCGCUGGUCCAAUUGGUUUGGUCACGCUUUUAGCAGCGCAAGCUAUGGGUGCGGAACAAGUAUUGAUCACAGAUUUGGUGCAGCAACGCUUGGAUGUCGCCAAAGAAUUGGGUGCCACUCACACAUUACUCAUGAGUAAAGAUGAUAGCGCCGAAGAGGUGGCGAAAAAAGUGCAUCAAGUAAUGGGUGUUGAGCCCGAUAAGUCGAUCGAUUGUUGUGGUGCGGAGUCCACAACACGUCUCAGCAUUUUCGCUACACGUUCAGGCGGUUGCGUUGUUAUUGUAGGUAUGGGUGCCGCUGAACCAAAAAUACCCUUGAUCAAUGCCUUGGCACGUGAAGUAGAUAUUCGUGGUGUCUUCCGUUACUGCAAUGAUUAUCCCGCUGCACUGGCAUUAGUUGCGUCUGGUAAGGUGAAUGUGAAACGUUUGAUUACCCACCACUUCGACAUAACAGAAACAGCUAAGGCAUUUGAGACCGCACGUUAUGGACACGGUGGUGCCAUCAAAGUCAUGAUUCACGUGCAACCCAGAGAUGCAAAUAAUAAAGCCUAAGAGGACUUCAAUGGAGUAAGACUUAUAAGUAAUAGGAGAUAAUUGUUUUUGUAAAUAAAAAAAUAUGUUUUUUGUCUAAUAAGAAGAAAAAGUAAUGAUAUAAUAUAUAUUAAAUGUGUGAAAUGGUUA